UUAUUAUAUCCAUCAUUAGAAUCAUCAUUUUUCUAACUUUGUUCUCCUCUAAACCCUUUUUCUCUUCUCUUCAUUUCUUCAUGCUGUUAGCCAUGGCUCCAAAGAUGUUCUUCAAAAUUAAACACAAUAAUCUUACAUCCUUAUUAGGGUUAUUUUUGUAUGUUUUUGGCGUUGCCUCUGCUCAGUUAUCACCGGAUUUCUACAAUGCAACGUGCCCCGGAGCACUUCCUGCCAUUGAAAAUGUGGUUCGAGACGCCGUGGCAAAUGAAUCCAGAAUGGGAGCGUCCUUGCUUCGUCUUCAAUUUCAUGACUGUUUUGUUAACGGAUGUGACGGAUCGGUGCUGUUGGAUGAUACACCAACAAUGAAAGGAGAAAAAACGGCGCCUCCAAACAACGAUUCUCUGAGAGGAUUUGAUGUAAUUGAUAGGAUUAAAGCCGAAGUGGAGAGUUUGUGUCCUGGUGUUGUUUCCUGUGCUGAUAUUAUCACCAUUGCUGCUCGUGAUUCUGUUGUCGCUUUGGGUGGUCCUUACUGGACAGUUUUACUGGGCAGAAGAGAUUCAACCAUUGCUAAUUUCAGCGGUACCAUAGACAUUCCCUCCCCAUUUUUGAAUCUAAGUGGCCUCAUCUCUGCAUUCGCCAACAAAGGAUUAAGUGCAAGCGAUUUGGUUACUCUCAAUGGUGCACACACAGUUGGACAAACUAGGUGUACCAUAUUCCGGAGCCGUAUCUACACAGAAGACAACAUCGAUCCCUCCUAUGCUGCAUCAUUGAGAGCAAUCUGUCCAGCCUCCGGGGGCGAUGACAAUCUUGCUCCUUUAGACACAGAAACUCCAACAGUUUUCGAUAAUGACAUCUACCAGGACAUGAUGAUGGAAAAGGGGAUAUUGCACUCUGACCAACAGUUCUACAGUGGCGGCUCAACGGACCUCCAAGUUGAGGGUUACAGCGACGAUUCUGAGGCUUUCGCUGUAGAUUUUGGGGAUGCGAUGAUUAAAAUGGCAAACAUUAGCCCUCUCAUCGGCACCAGCGGCCAAAUUAGGUUGAACUGUAGGAAAGUCAAUUGAAUCUCAACAUGCUAAUUAGAUUCAUUCUAUCUCUCUCGUGGUUUAAUUACUGAAAAAAAGUGGCCUCGCAGUUGUUUCCCCUUUUUUUUUUUUCUGAUAAUUUAUGGUUAGGAAUUUUCCGGCCAAUUUUUACGCAUACCAGAAAUAAGCCCUCCCUAAAUAAUCAUAAGGGUGUAUUCUAUACAUGGGCAUGGUGUAUUUAAAUAAAAAUAAAUUUUUUUU